UCUUACUUUCGCCUGUCAAAGUUCCCGCCAUGUCAGCCGCACGCCGUGUUUCGUUGCUGCUACUCUUCGCUGUUUUAACUGUGGACUUUUGUUACUCUGCUUCGUUACGAGGUUAUGAUCAAAGGCUGAGCGACGAUGUUAUAAUGACUCCAAAGAAAAGACCAUUUUGCAAUGCUUUCACAGGAUGCGGUCGGAAGCGAUCAUCGCCGAAUCGGCAGAUGCCAGAACUGGUACGCCAAAGACAGUACGUUGAUGAAGAUGCCUUCGCUCCGCUCAUGGAGUCAGACAAUGCAAUCGAAGAACUCUCCCGCCAGAUCCUCUCUGAAGCGAAGCUGUGGGAGGCAAUCCAAGAGGCGAGCGCUGAGAUCGCCAGGCGAAAACAAAAGGAAGUGUACCAAAAGUAAAUGUAUCGGGGAAACUGAUCGAAUCGCGUAUCCUUAAUAACUUACCUGUGUAUAUUCAUUUUAUAAACCUAAACUUGAAGGAAAAAUAUCAUAUAUUUAUUAUAGAAAUGAAUUAAAUUAAUCGAACCGCAUAGCGUUAAUAAACUGU